AUGGCCCUAGGGACGGCCAUUGACCAUGUCCAAAAGGACAUGGAACAAAUCCGCCGUAUGGCACGUACCAAUUGGCUCAUGGUCAUUAAUAUGCCGUUGCCUUUUGGCAUGUCGAAAUGUCAAGCGUUACAGCAGCUCAUGGCCUCCCUAGGGUACGACAAGCCGUUAUUUGACUGCGAGCGAGAUUUGCUUGCAAGCGACCUGCUCUAUGUUAAUAGAGCAGGUCUACUUUGUAACAUGGCGUUCUUUGUCCCGCAGCGCCAUUACGAAUAUUUCAUGUCUGCACCCUUUCAGCGAAAGUUGGUCGCCCACAAUCAAAAAUUGGCGCGAGGUAAGUAA